CGGCGAGAGCAGCACGCUCCUCCGUCUUCCAGUUUUAUCUGGCUAAAACAAUAACCGUUUGCUUCGCUUCGUUCCAACCGCGAUUGUCCUCCUCGCUGUCACUUUCCGCGCUGGGUUCGCAAAAGUUCUCGGUGAAAGUCGUUGUGCGGUGCGCGUUUCCCUCGCUACCCAAAAAUCGUGCGCGAAGUGUCCAUAUUAUUUUUAUCCUUUUUUUUUUUUUUUCUUCUUCCGUUCGAAUUUUUAUUUACAUCCUUUUCUUCACGUUCGUUACAACAUACCUAUAUCUGACGUGCUGCGAACCACCGUGGGAACAAUUGCGUAAGAAGACGUUACAAAGUUUUAGGAACGGAAGACGUCCCGCCGCUCUCUCGUCGUCGUCGUCGUCGUCGUCGUCGUCGUCAUCCCGCUUAUCCCGAAAUUGACAGACCCGAAGUACGACACGCUGCUCUGUCGUCCGUCCUCUUCUAACCCUCGGUGAACGCGAGAUGAAAAAAUUAUCACUUCUUCUUCCUGAAAUGACGGUAGAGAGUCAACGUCCUUCCAACUAGGAUUCUCCGAAUUUUCAACUCCAGUAUGGUGCUGGUGGUGAACGGAGUCCUGCAGGAGGAGGCUCCGACGGACAGCAGGUCGCUUUACGCCGCUCAUCCAAUUUACAGGGAAACGGCCGCCCAGCUGCACAGCAUGCCGGCAAAAUUGGUGGGACCCGUCGGCCUCCUCUACGUUCUUCAGAGAGAAAUGGCCGCCACUUUGCCCCACGACAAGAACGUCAACAUCCUCGGCUCCGACGACAUGACGUCCUGCAUCAUCGUCGUGACCAGACAUUCCGGUUCCGGCGCCGUGGCGCUGGCGCACCUCGACGGGACCGGGACGGAGGACGCCGCAGGAGCGAUGGUCCAGAGGGUGAGCGACCUGGCCAUAGGUUAUCCCGAGGGACGUCUGGAGCUGCAACUAGUCGGCGGAUUCUCCGAUCCGAGCCACUACUCCGAGGAACUCUUCUUCAACAUCCUCUGUGCCUUCCACAAGCAGCCCGUCGAGAUCGACCUUACGCUUUGCUGCGUCGGUGAAUUGAACACCACGGUACGGGGUGGUAUCCACUGGCCUCUGAUCUACGGCAUAGGAGUUCACGUGAAAACGGGGGAGAUAUUCCCCGCCACAUUUCCGGACAAGGGGCCCGACCAGCCCCUCAGAACCGCCAGGCAGCUCACCGGAGGGCAACAGGUCCUCGACAUCUACGACUGCGUUUCCGGCUUCCUCAAAAUCGGCCCCUUCAACUACGACCCCCUCAGAGGCGUCGAUCUUUGGCUGGCCCAGACCGAUCAGUUCAUCCUCCAGCACCUCUCGACCACGCCCGAAGUCGAGCCGCCUCACUUCGUCUCCCAGAUCCGGGCGACCUUGAAGUACAUUCAGGACAAUCAGUUCCCGGCGGUCACCGUGUUCAGAGAUAACAGGCCCCAUUAUUACGGACGGGACGAGACGACCGGCCUCUGGCAGCCCGUCCGAUAUUAGCGAAUCUCACCACGACCUUCGACAUCUUCGGAGAGGGUCCAGGGGAAAGAAGAACAAGAGCCAACUGAGGGUCCCUCUCGCCGGAGCGGAAAGAAAGAGGAAGAAGAGGGCGAAGGGAGCGGGAGGACAGAACGCUGUAGGUUAGAAAACGGCGAAGAAGAAGUUCGGAGGUUUUGACCGUCCAGCCGCAUUCUCGAGUCCUCGGCAAAAGUCAGGGAGGAAUUUAUCGAUUCUAUAGAAUUUUCCCGUCACUCACCCCUUUUUGCACAGAUCACGCUAGUUCAGUCGCUGAAAAUGAAGGGGAGAAGUGCCCCCCUCACUUUUCGGAGGCUCGAAAAUGCGCCGGCACGGUUGAAACCGCGAAAUUGUUGACGGAUUUCGUUCGCUUCGCGGCGGCCAUCUUGUUCCUGGCGGGCCCCGAAAGAGGGUUCGUAGUUUGGAGAUUUUCCGCCGCCUCGCUAGCGCCAAUUUUGCCAUCGGAGAUCGCCGAUGUGACCGAAUGAAGCGGCGGAAUAUCUCGGUCUCUUCGAAACGCCUGCGACGUUGCCGGUUCUGCGAGUUUUCCGCGAUUCGGAGAACCCGAGUUACGGACGGCGUAGGUCGUAUUGUAAUAUUAUAAUAAUAUUUCGGAAUGGUGCAAAAUAUAUGUAUAUACACACGUACAUAUAUAUAUUAUAUACAUAUAUAUAGUAUAUAUAUAUGUAUGUAUAUGUAAAUCUAGACGUUACAUAGAGCGAGAGGUAAUCGCUUCGGGAGGCCCGACGGCUGAAUUUCCAAAUCGACGAACGAAUUCGAGGAAAGAGUCAUUUUUAAAAGUCUGACAAGAAAAUUAAACGUCGCUUUUUAAGUCUCCGAUGUGACGGGCGUUUACGUUGCAAAAUGCUUUAAGAUUUUUUCGGUUUUUAACGUGCCUGUCGUCGCUAUUGCGAGUCGUUGAAUUUUUCGUAGCGCAACGACGAACGAGAGUUGACGCGACUUAAGAUUAUCGGGAGUGGAAAAAAGGAGCUCGAAAAAGAGGGAAGAAAAAAGCAUCGUUAAUUCGCGCUGAAAGUUUUUCUCAUUAUUAAUAAAAUUAUCAAUUAUCGCGAUUUUUAUUCUAACCGAUAGUUAUCAGGCGCCACAUUUACGCUAUUUACCGUAAAAAUGCCAUGUAAACAAACAACUGUUGUAAAUAAUUAACAAAGAACGACGUCACCCGAAUUUUGGCCGACGUUUUUUUCCUUUUAUUUUUUUUUUCCCCCCCCCGGACGAGCCACUCGUCGAUUUCGUCGGGUAUUUUCUUCGCCCCGUUUCGGCGGAUUCAGUUUCCGGCGGAUCUUAGUCUUCGGGAGAUUCCGACACAAAAUGGCGUACGACAGUCUUUUUUUUUUUUUUGUUAGUCCGAAAUCUCCGUUGUCGAUCGUUGUGAGAGAAAUACCCAAGGGUUUCCAUCGUUUUAUCGGCUAAAGAUUUUCGAAAAUUUGACGAAAAUUACACGUCGGGUGUCGUCGCACUUUGUGAAACUAAAAUAAUCAUCAUUGCACACGAGCGCACGUGGCAGACGAAAGAUUUAGGUUAUGUUUCCGCCGAGAUGAAUGAAAUUCCAUGCCGCCCGAAACAAAAAACGGAAUUGUUCGGGCAAUUUUAUGAUUAUUUUGUUUUCUUUUGGUUCAGUAGCUGCUCAGGGCUCCAAAAUUUGUCGACGAUGAUCUUUCUUUUUUCUUUUCACGGAACGUUGAUUGCGGGCGUUGUUGUUACAUUUAUUAUUACUAUUAUUAAUUCUUUAGGUAAUCGUUGUUUGCGUUGCGAGACGUUGAUACAUAGAGCAAAGAAAAUUAAAUCGUUUGUAACGAACGUAUGUAGGCAAAAAUAAAAUAAAAUAAAAUAAAAAAUAACGGAGGAAUGAUUAAUUAGGUAAGUAAUUAACGAUUGACUAAUUAUAUAAAUUAAGUAUAAGAGAUAUAUUUUUUAUCGUUGCGAAAACGGAUCGGGCGGAUCGAGAGAAAUUUUUUAUUCGUCAAAUGAUGAGAAUAAACGGUGAUAACGACAAUGGAUCGAUAAUGUCUUCAUUUACAAUUUUUAUAUAUAUACACACAACGUAUAUUAGUUAAUAAGCCAUAUCGAUAACGGUUAAUUAAUUGUGCCGUUACGGGCGACAAAUAAUUCCGGUGUAAAUAUCGACUACGAAAUAAAGCAUAAAAAAAAAUUAAAUCUUAUACAAAAUAAGUUUAUCAUAAUUUACACUUACUACUGUUACAUAUAUAUAUAUUAUAUUAUUUGGUGAUAUAUAUAUAUAUUUAUAUUGAUGAGCAAAUAAACGAACGAAUAAACAAUUGUGAAACGCGAAACCCGCAA